UUGUGAAUCUCUUUGAAACCUCGCUCGAACCCACCUUUUUUUAGUUCCUCAAAUCCUCAGGAACUAAAAUGACGAAACCACACGUUCACACUUUCUACCGCGCAUGGUUCACCUGGGUUGACCCUAUCGUGCUAUUCUUCACCAUCCUCGCUUGUAUCUUCACACCCGCAGACGUUCUGAACACCGUAGUCCCAGCUGACUUAGCGCCCUUGCAACGAUUUCACGAAUGUCUGUUUCAUCAAUCAGCCGCGCUCUACGCCUUCAUGGCGAUCAUGUUCGCCGUACUUUUACGUGCGAGUCCCGACCCCAAGGUGUGGAGGGUUGUUCAAGCCGCAACUCUGCUUGUCGAUGUCGCUUUACUUGCAACGAUGUAUGGUGCCCUCAAGCAACAGGGUCGACUGGAGACUACAAAGUGGCGGGGAGGGGAUUAUUUCAACUUCCUGUUUACAGUCUGGGUGGCUGUUGUUAGGAUUGCUUUCCUGAUGGGAAUUGGGGGAGCAGAUGGAGGAAAUUCGAAGAAGAUUGCGUGAGAAGCGUUCGAAAGUUUUCCUAAUUAGGAUGCACAGUGUUUGCACGAACUCGGCGGAACGGACGUUAGGAAAACCACAUUUACAAGAUACCGCCGAUCGAACGGCCGAAACGUCAGCUUUAAUAGAGUGAUUGGGUUGAUUUACAUUGGGUUAUUGUGCGUCAUGCGCUCGACAGCCUCCCUGUCCCG